UCGCGCGCGUGGAAGAAGCUGAAGUUGUUUUUGCGCGAAUCAGAUGGAGGACGUGAUCGUACUUGAGGGGAGAAAAUGAAGGUAAAAAUUAAGCAGUGGAAUGGUGUGGCAUCCUGGUUGUGGGUGGCUAAUGAUGAAAACUGUGGCAUCUGCCGAGCACCAUUCAACGGCUGCUGUCCAGAUUGUAAGGUUCCAGGAGACGACUGCCCGCUGGUCUGGGGUCAGUGCUCUCAUUGUUUCCACAUGCACUGCAUCCUGAAGUGGCUGAACUCCCAGCAGGUGCAGCAGCAGUGCCCCAUGUGCCGUCAGGAGUGGAAGUUUAAAGAGUGA